AGAAAAGAUCAAUUAUAUGUUUAAUACAUGUUACAUUUCUGAGAUGAUCCUUAAUUGGAAGUUUAACGGAGAUAUUUUGAGAGCUAAUGAAGGUGCAAACAGACAGAUGAUUAAUCGGAGGCCCUCGUCCUUUCCUCUUCCUCCACUGUUGACGACUGCCCUACUCCUCCUCCUCCUCCUCCUCCUCCUUCAUCCUCGAGGUGCUAUUGUCUCGCUUCCUGUGGCCGAGCGGGCCCUGUGUGUCCAUGUACGCUCGCGCACAGGCUCUUGCGCGCGCAGCAGUUCGGGGCGGCGGGCUGUGAUGCGGUCCGGACGGACGGAGCAAGUCGUCAGGAUUAAUGGAGGGACUCACACCCGCGGGAUUUGUUACAAGCUUAUAAGCUGCUCUUUUCACGCCGGGGAGCCAGCACGCAGCUUCGGAGCGGAGCGGGGGAAACUCCGAGCGAGUUGUUUUGGAGAGUUUUGGUCCAGUGACGAGAAAAAAAAAAGAACCCCCCAACCCCCCCCCCCCCCCCAAAAAAACCCGGGGCUCCGGACCUUUGACAGCUGCACCGCCGCCAGGCUGGAAACCCUCGGUGACCGGGAGGUGAGCUGUCAUCGACCGCUCAGCUGCCGGAGGACCAGCGAUCCGAGCAGCCGUGCAUCCUGACUGAGUCCGGCUUCGUCCGCCUGGGGGUCCAUGAUGACUUGGAGGGGGCUUCAGCGGACGGUCCCCUGCUGACACCCAGAUUUCUGCUCCUUUCCUGAAGAUCUAUUUGUAUCUUCUUUUUUUUUUUUUUUUUACAGUGAAGACUUUGUCUCUUCCGUCACCAUGGCCAGCCUUGUGAUUAACGAAACUGGAGUGGAGGAUUGCGGGAUCGACGACUCCUUCAAGUACAACUUGUACUCCACGGUUUACAGCGUGGUCUUCGUUUCGGGCCUGAUGACCAACUGCGCCGCCCUCUUCGUCUUCUGCUUCCGGAUGAAGAUACGCAACGAGACCACAAUGUUCAUGACCAACCUAGCCUUUUCAGACUUGGUCUUCGUCUUCACGCUGCCGUUCAAGGUCUUCUACAACGUCAACCGCAACUGGCCCUUCGGAGACGGGCUCUGCAAGGUGUCAGGGACGGCCUUCAUCACCAACAUCUACGGCAGCAUGCUCUUCCUCACCUGCAUCAGCGUGGACCGCUUCCUGGCGAUAGUCUACCCAUUUCGAUCGCGCUCCAUCCGCACGAGGAGGAACGCGGCGCUGGUGUGCGCCGCCGUGUGGCUCACCAUCGUGGGCGGAGGAAUAUCGGUGACCUUCUUCUCCACCAUCAACAGCAGACACAGAGCCACCACAUGCUUUGAAGGAUUUUCCAAGAACACCUGGAAGACCUACCUCUCCAAAAUCACCAUCUUCAUAGAGAUCGUGGGUUUUCUCUUCCCCCUCCUGGCCAACCUGGUGUGCUCCUCCCUGGUUCUCCGGACGCUGCGCCGCCCGGUCAGCGCCGGCCACGGCUGUGACAGCAAGAAGCGCGUCCUGCGGAUGAUCGUGGUCCAUCUCACCAUUUUCAUCAUUUGCUUCGUCCCGUACAACUUCCUGCUCUUCCUGUACGCCCUGGUGCGGACCCAGGCCCUGGCUAACUGCACCGUGGAGCGGUUCGCGCGGACCCUGUACCCCAUCACCCUGUGUCUGGCCAGCCUCAACUGCUGCCUGGACCCCGUGGUUUACUACUUCACCUCAGAGAGCUUCAAGAAGAGCCUGACCAUUGGUGGCAAGGGGUCCGGCUCGCGGCCCGAGAGCGUCCCCCGCAGUGACAACGAGGCCCAGGACACGGCCGUCCCCAGAGACACUCAGUCCGUGUCCAGCAACGGGAAAGACGCCACAAUAUCCGACAGCCAGCUAUGACUCGCCGCUGGCAGGGGUGAAAACGGGUCGCGGGCGGGUUCUGGAGGAACCCUGAACUUGAACAACAAUCAGCUGUUUAAUUGUGGAAGUGGAAAACAAAUAGCUCAGCAGAUUAGCUAAGACCAGAGGUAAGUCCUGAGGUUUGGCCUGGGCUUUGUGGAUUAAUCCAGCACUGGAGAACAGAGGAAUGUAUCUAUGUUUGUUAUAACACACACACACACACACACACACA